GCGGGCGGGCUUUGGUGGCGUCGCGCGCGGAAGGCGGAAGACAUCACGCGGUGGGUCAAGCGGUCUGCUGUGCAGACCAGGGCGCGCUGGGACCCGGGCCGCCUCUUCCCCUGGGGCAGUGGCUGCGGACUCUUCUUCCCACACUCCUUACUCGCGUGAGCAGCCAACCGAUGUGGAACAAUGGCACUGAGCCACUCCAUGAAGGAGCGAACCAUCUCUGAGAACAGCCUGGUCAUCCUGCUGCAGGGCCUCCAGGGCCAUAUCACCACUGUGGACCUUCGGGAUGAGAGUUCGGCCCGAGGACGGAUUGACAAUGUUGAUGCUUUCAUGAACAUCCGCCUGGCCAAUGUCACCUACACCGACCGCUGGGGACAUCAGGUUGAGCUGGAUGACCUCUUCGUGACAGGUCGUAAUGUCCGAUACGUCCAUAUCCCAGAUGAUGUGAACAUCACUGCCACCAUCGAGCAGCAACUGCAGAUCAUCCACCGCGUGCGCAACUUUGGCGGCAAGGGUCAAGGUCGGCGAGAGUUUCCCUCCAAAAGGCAGUGAGGCUGUGUCCUCACUGAACUUCCAGCACCACCUCAGGGUCCUUCAGUGUUCUGAGCCAACCCCCUGCCAUCCUUCCCUGCCAGACACCUAUCACAGCUGCCUUUCAUAGGGUUCCACUUUCCAAACACACUCUGGGACCCAGAAUUCCUUCUGUCUGUGGCCUUAGGGUAGGUGACAAUCCCUCUUUUUGAUCCUUUGCAUCUGGAAUCUCCAUUUAUGGAUUGACCGCGUCUAUCAAGGAGCAAUCAACUCUGCCACGAGGAUUAUUGUGUUUGGAGUGAAUCACCUCUACCUCCCCUCUCCUCUUGGCAUUUGUUUCUUUUCUCAUAAAACCAAACUUACAUAA